CCUCGUCCUCCGUAACGGGGUGUCACGUGAGCGCCUGCGGGGCGCGGAGCGCGCUCUCCGCAGCCCUGGCGCGACGCUGAGGGCCUGGGGCGCGUUUCACACUAGGGAAACUGAGGCUCGGAGUGCGACAGUCAGCCGAGGUCACCCCGCUCUGGGCAGCGAAAAGGUGGCAGCCCCUCGGCCGCUGCCCCCCGGGCCUUGCUCUGUGCACAGGGUCCCAUGAUGGCGGCGGCGUGGACGGACCCCGUGUGGAUCCCUGUGACCUUCGAUGAUGUGGCGGUGACUUUUACCCGGGAGGAGUGGAGACAGCUGGACCCGGCCCAGAGGACCCUGUACCAGGAAGUGAUGCUGGAGACGUGUGGGCUCCUGGUCUCUCUGGGCUGCCCUUUGCCCAAACCAGAGCUGAUCUGCGCCUUGGAUCACAGCCCAGAGUUACGGACAUUGAAGAGAGGCCUCUCCCCUAACUCCUGCCCAGGUGACACCACAAAACCUGAGACCCCAGCGCUUUCCCUUUCUCACCUUGCCUUGUCUGAGGAAGUCUCACCACAGGAACAACAGGCUCAGCAGGCUCUGAGGGGCUCCCAGUUGGGGCAAGGCAAGAGUCAGGAUUGGCCAUCGGAAAUGCUGGAAGGCCAGUUGAAACCAGGGAUAGACCCCCAAACGGAGAAGCUCCCUGGGAACAUGAAGCCUAAACAUGAUGGUUUAGGGACAGAUGAUGGUCUACACUCAAGGACUGUACAGCAGCCGAUCCCUGCAGGACAUGUUCUCCACGGUUAUGACUCACAGGGACUACUGAAAGAUCCCUUGAUUCACGAAGGGAAACGUUCCUAUCAGUGUGAGGAACGACAGAAAGUGUUUACCAAGAAUUGCUUUCUUGUGCGAUGUGAGCAGAUUUCCACUGGAGCAAAGCCCUAUGAAUGCAUCGAGUGUGGGAAGACUUUUAGCAAGAGCACACACCUCUUGCAGCACCGCAUGAUCCACACGGGGGAGCGACCCUACGAGUGGGAGUGCGGGAAGGCCUUCAACCGCAGGUCACACCUCACGAGGCACCAGCGGAUUCACACUGGAGAGAAGCCUUAUAAGUGCUGUGAAUGUGGGAAGGCCUUCACCCACCGCUCCAAUCUAGUCUUGCAUAACAGGAGCCACACUGGAGAAAAGCCCUUUGUGUGCAAAGAAUGUGGGAAAGCCUUCCGUGAUAAGACAGGUUUCCUUCGGCACUACAUCAUCCACACGGGAGAGAAGCCCUUUGAGUGCAUGGAGUGCGGGAAGGCCUUCAACCGCAGGUCACACCUCACAUGGCACCAGCAGAUUCACACCGGAGUGAGACCCUUUGAAUGCAAUGAAUGUGGGAAAGCCUUUUGCGACAGCACGGACCUCAUUCAGCACUACGUCAUCCACACGGGAGAGAAGCCAUACAAGUGCCUCGAGUGUGGGAAGGCCUUCUACCGCCGGUCACACCUCAAGCAGCAUCAGCGGAGUCACACUGGGGAGAAGCCCUAUGUGUGCGGUGAGUGUGGAAAGGCCUUCACCCACUGCUCUACUUUCAUCUUGCACAAAAGGGCCCACACUGGAGAAAAACCCUACGAGUGCAAGGAAUGUGGGAAAGCCUUUAGCAAUCGAUCAGACCUCAUCCGACACUUCAGCAUCCACACUGAGGAGAAACCCUACGAGUGCACGGAGUGCGGGAAGGCCUUCAACCGCCGGUCAUACCUCACGAGACACCAGCGGAUUCACAGUGGAGAGAAGCCCUAUGAAUGCGUGGAGUGCGGUAAAGCCUUUUGCCAGAGGGCAAACCUUAUUCGACAUGCUAUCAUCCACACUGGGGAGAAGCCCUAUGAGUGCAACGAGUGUGGAAAGGCCUUUACGUACUGCUACACUUUUAUCUUGCAUAAAAGGGCUCACAUUGGAGAAAAACCCUUUGAGUGUAAAGAAUGUGGGAGAGCCUUCAGCACUAAGAAAGACCUCAUUCGACACAUCAGCAUCCAUGCUGGAGAGAAGCCCUACGAGUGCACGGAGUGCGGGAAGGCCUUCAACCGCCGGUCAGGGCUCACGAGGCACCAGCGGAUUCACAGUGGAGAGAAGCCCUAUGAAUGCAUGGAGUGUGGGAAAUCCUUCUGCUGGAGCACCAGUCUCAUCCGACACUCCGUUAUCCACACCGGAGAGAAGCCCUAUGAGUGCAGUGAGUGUGGGAAAGCCUUCAGUCGCAACUCGUCCCUCACUCAGCAUCAGAGGAUUCAUACUGGGAGAAACCCUGUCCGUGUAACCGAAGUGGGAAGACCCUUCAUGAGCGGGCAGACCUGGUCUACCACCAAGAACUCCUGUUGGGGAAAGACUUCUUGAAUGUAACCACUGAGGAAACUUCUUACUCAGAAUCUGAUCAUUCAUACCAAAGAGAACCC